CACAAGAGGUUUAUUUAGUAAGAACUUACCCCAGAAAAAAUCUCAGAAAUACGUUAUUAAUCUGAAACUCUUGGUAAAGAAGAUUACAACAUUGUGGACGCGGUGGACUGCGUUUGCUUUAACUGUUAAUGCAUCAUUCUGGUCAUUGGUGUAGGAUUUUGUAUACUCUCCAUCGAAGCAUUUGUGUUCAAGUAGGGAUUCUUUCAUGAUGAUGAUGAACGUACCGGAGGAUGUCGGCAAGCAGGCCAUCGAAUGCUACGACAUCUGCAAGCACUAUGGACGAGGAAAGUCCAAGAUCCAAGUACUCCAGAACCUCGCCAUGAGGGUCCCAAAAGGAAAAAUCUAUGGUUUGUUGGGACCCAGUGGAUGCGGUAAGACCACCCUCCUCCGCUGCGUACUGGGAAGACUCAGCUUCGAUUCGGGCCUCGUCUUGACCCUUGGACGACCACCUUUGACCCGAGGUCACGGCAUACCAGGAUCUCGGGUCGGAUACAUGCCUCAGGAGAUCGCCCUCUACAAUGAGUUCUCUAUCAAGGAAACCUUGGUCUACUUCGCCACUGUCCAUAAGAUGAGUCGGAAGGAGACCAACAUAAGAAUCGACUUCCUCAUGGACCUUCUAAACCUCCCAGAUAAAGGCAGGACUGUGGGCCAACUUAGUGGUGGACAGAAGAGGCGAGUAUCCUUCGCGGUUGCCUUGAUCCAAUCUCCUGAACUGCUCAUCUUAGAUGAACCAACGGUUGGAGUCGAUCCAUUGCUCAGACAGAAGAUAUGGGACUACCUGCUGAAGUUUUCCAUAGAGCAGAACACCACAAUCAUCCUGACAACACAUUACAUAGAGGAGGCAAGAAAUGCUGAUGUGGUUGGACUGAUGAGGAAUGGUAAGAUCCUGUCCGAGGAUUCUCCACAAUCUCUGUUGGAGGUGCACAAUCUGCCGACUCUUGAAGGCAUCUUUCUGAAGCUGUGCAUGGCCGACUCUAAGGAGACGGGAUCAAACGAGAACGUUGCAAUCGACAUCGGUGUGGAUUCCCAGGUUGCAAUUGACAUCGACGUUGAUUCCCAGGUCGAGACAACCCUACCGACGGAGAAGACCAGCCUCCUGCUGCCGAACGGGACGCCCAACGGGAUGGCGAAUGGUCACUCUCACUCGUACACCAACCCGACGUUCAAUCAAGUGGACAAUACUCCUAAGUCUGACCACGACGAUGACGUCAUAUGUAGAUCUCGAGCCGGAACCAAGUCUGGCAUCCCGAAAUACCAAUACGAUAAAAUACCUUGGAAGUUGCAUCAUUUCCUACCCAGCUUGAUGAGUAUGUGGGCGUUGUUCGUGAAAGACAUAGUCAAACUGUGCAGGAAUCCAGGGUUGACCGCCUUCUACUUCAUGGUUCCAAUCAUCGAAGUCAGUCUCUUCUACCUGGCCAUCGGGGGCACCCCUAUGAAUCUACCUGUAGCCGUGGUCAACAACGAGAUCCCGCCCAAUCUCAGCGACGCCUUCCUCCAACAGUUACCCGACGACAUCAUCAUACAGAAACCGGUUGCAACGAUGGAUGAAGCCUUGGAUAAUAUCAGAGAAGGUAGAUACUUCGGCAUCAUAGAAAUACCUGCCAAUUAUACCGCUUUCAUGAUCAAAAGAUUUACGACUGAUGGAAUAAUAGACAAUGCAACUUUGGAUGGAAGUAGCCUUAAGGUGACAUUAGACGCAACAAAUCAACAAAUUGCCAUUACCCUCCAGACCACGAUAUUAGAAGCCUAUAAUAGCUUUAUCGCGUUGACUUUGAAAAAAUAUGGAAUCAACCCUGCGCAGGCACAGGUCCCAGUCGUAUUUGUCGAACCUAUCUAUGGUAGCCUUGAUGCAAGCUUUACACAGUUUAUGGUGGCGGGUGUCAUUAUCAGUAUCAUAUUCUUCUUGGCCGUGGGUUUGACUUCGGUUACCUUUGUCGUGGAGAGGAAGGAAGGAUUGAUGGAUAGAAUAUGGGUUGCUGGUGUGAGUACCUGCGAGGUCACGAUCGCUCAUGUUUCAACCCAGUUCCUUGUCAUCUCAGUACAAAUAGCAGUCGUUCUUCUCUUCACUUUCCAAGUGUUUAAGAUGACGAAUGAAGGCAACAUAUUUCUGAUUGUAUUAAUGUGCAUGCUUCAAGGAUUGUGUGGAAUGUCAUUCGGUCUCUUGAUAUCAUCCGUCUGUGACACGGAGGCUGGUGCUGUUCAGGCAGCCCUUGGUUCUUUCUAUCCCAUCUUGUUACUAAGUGGCAUCAUCUGGCCAAUACAAGCUAUUCCGUAUCCGCUUUAUUACAUUGCUCUGGCUCUUCCUCAAACAUACGCCGCUGAGGCACUACGUGCAGUAAUGAGCAAAGGUUGGGGCGUGGAUCACUUUGAAGUAUGGAUUGGUUACGUCAUCACCACAGCUUGGUGGCUGAUACCACUCGCACUCUCAGCCCUGAUACUACAUAUCAGAAGAUAGAUCAUAUUGGAAGUAUCGACCAUGGACAAUCAGCCUGAUUAGAUCACCAACUAGCCCGAUACUACUAGCCUGAUACUUUUAGAAGAUAAGGGACCUGUUGCAUAAAACUUACCAUUAAUGGAAACUAUGGUAACUACCAUGGUAACAUUGCUCAACAGCCAAUCAAAAUCAAGUAUUCCAUGAAAAAUACCAUUGAUGGCAAAGUUACCAUCAAUGGUAAUGUUUAUGCAACGGGACCAAGAUCAUGAACAUAAGGUUACUCAGGGUAGAAUAUCGACAUAAUUUGACCAACGACUCACCUCCUUAUUAACCCUGAUGUUACAUCUGUAUAUAGACCCAUGGAAUUGAUGUGUGUAAAUUACAAACAUAAACUCAGGAGAUGAACAAGCCGACAUGGACAGGCUACCAACAGAAUUUAAUUGCCAAAGUUGUCUUCAUCACUCACGUUUUCAAGCAUGAUGUUAUACAGAUCUAGAGAUCCCUGUAAAUAUUGGGCGUAAAUAUAUAUAAAUAUUACCAUGAAAACUCGCCAAAGUCACUUUUACUCCUCGCAGUAUCAGCAUUUCUAAAAUCAGACGAUAGAUAGGCUUACAUGGAGAUAAAACUGCCAAGAAUGACCAAUGAAUAUGAUGGGAGUAUUGGGCCUGUCUUUGAAUUGCAGUGAAUGGAAAUUCAAAUUUAUUUCCUUCUCAUUGACUAUAAUAUAGUAAACAAAAACAAAUAGAACAAUACGGUUUAUAAGUUUAAAAAAGCAGGAGGCGAAAACCCUGAAGGUAAAUGCUUGUGUUGGGAACACCCAAAAGAUAAUGACAAGCUUGUCAGUCGUAUAUAUUAGGCCUGACAUGGCACAUACUAGGAGGGAAAAUCGCAAAGAUGUGAUAUUGUUCCAUGCAUUUAAACUUGUAUGUAUUCAAAGAAAGAGAAGAGGGUCGCGUAUAAACCAUUGACAAAGUGUAUAUGAUGAAAAACGUGUUUCAAAUAUAAAAGUCACUGAUAAAGAUUUUAAAGUUUGAAUAUUUUUUUUCUUACCUCUUUUCGUGAAUUGUUCGUGGGAAUAUUCGUCUCUAUCUAUGGAUAUUCUUCUCUAUUUAUAUGUAUCCUCGAUAGUUCUAAACAUAUACAUUUCAGCUUUUUAGCUGCAGCAUGCGCACCAUUGUAUUCUAUGUUUUUCGAAAUAAACCUUGAAUUGAAUUGAAUUGAGAUAGAUAUAAUUUAUAUCAUACUUUAUUGAUUAAUCCGAAGAGUUAAAGAGAUUGAUCUUUAAAUUUCUGAGAACAUACAAAUGUUAUCUAUUAGGAAUAAAUCUUAUUGUCACCAACAUUUCGUGAUAAGAGGUCGGGUUAGAAGAAGAAAGAAAUAGUUCAACUUUAUGCGGCAACAGUGUAUAUAAUCGUAUUGACUUGAACACUAUCAUCAGUACUGCUUUACUAUUCCAUCCGAAAUGUACAUUCAUGUGAAUACUUAUUUACUUUAUAUACAUGUAUAUCCGUGUCAUUUACAGUAUUACUUCGCUGGAAUUAUGUAUAGGCAACUAUUAAGACAUUUAAAGUCUUCAGAACAUUCCAUUUCUUGUUAUUCUUGUUAUUCUUGACAUAAUGGGCAGAUAUUGCAGAUCACCUGAUAGAUUACGUGGUAAUUGUGAUCAUUUGUAAAU